AUGCCUCAUUUACAAACAUUACGCCUUUGGCGAUAUGAUGAUUAUCCAUGGACAUCGAAUCGACCACAUUAUAGCAUAUAUCGUUAUGAAGUUUUACUUCUAGCUUGGCUCAAGUCUCUACAAACACCCGAGUCUGUUGCUCAACAUGUGACUAUAUUUGAGCAAGAUCUUUCUCAAUUGGUCAAAAACUUGAAAGAAUUUACUUUUCUUGAUAUUUUUGGUAAAAUUUAUUACAAAAAAGUUGAACCUUAUCGUUUAAUGGCUCAAGCUCUCUUUCCUCAUAGUCGAGUAGAUGUUGAAAUAUCAAGAUUUCGUUUGUGGCUUUAA